GAAUGGGUUAGGUUUAUUGUACGAAAUGGCCAAAAUUGUGGGUUUACAUUUUGUUUAACACCUACAUAAGAUUUCUGUGUUUUCUAUUUAGUGCGCUCUUUGUGAAAGUAAACGCGUAUUUAUCGAUUUUGAUUUGAACUUUAUUACCUAGGUGGUGAUACCACCUCGUCAUACAUGAAGAAAAAGUUACUUUUACAUUGGUUGUAGAAGACGCGAUACCCAUUCGAUUGUUGAUUCUCAUUAUAAGGUUAUAUGCUAUAUUUUUUUAGAACUUUUUUCUGAAAGAAUUCCCCAGUUUUAAACAUCUACUGUAGAAUAACAAAGCAGAGUUUAGCUAUUUUUCGUUACAGACUGCAAAAAGUUAAUCCCGUAUGGUGAACGUUUAAAGCUAAAACAGGUGGAUCGUUAAUAUACGAGCUUUCGGGGGAACAGAAAAAAUACGCAAUCAAAGAAUUUUCAGCCAGCCUGGCGUGACUUAGAAUUAGCUUUCUAAUUUACUCUACAUCACCAAAUCCUGUUUAAACAGUGGAAAGCUAUAUCUUUGCAGAAUAAAUAGUUUUUUGGUGUAUGAGCCUUAAUUAUAAUAAUUAUACAGUGCAUAGGUUCAGGGUUUGGGUUUAGAGCUUUUCUUUUGCUUAAGAAAGACUGUUAUACAGCUCAGAAAAAAAUUUAGAGUAAAGCAGGUAAUUGGAGAGUCACUACGAUGACUGUGGAAUCACCGGAAACUCCACGUAAGAAACAGAAGACGAAGCACGUCACCAGCCAGAGAACCUUUUUUGAUAUUGCCAUUGGAGGAAGAGACGCCGGCCGAAUAGUAUUUGAACUCUUCUGCGACAUUGCCCCGCGCACUUGUGAAAACUUUCGAGCACUAUGUACUGGGGAAAAGGGCAUUGGAAAAAUGACCAAGAAACCCUUACAUUACGAGGGAGUAAAAUUUCACCGGGUUAUAAAACAGUUUAUGGUCCAGGCUGGUGACUUCAGUCGAGGAGAUGGUUCUGGCGGCGAGAGCAUUUAUGGAGGUCAAUUUGACGAUGAAACAUUUAUAUUAAAACAUGACUCAGCCUUCCUACUUUCGAUGGCGAAUCGGGGUAAAAAUACGAAUGGUUCCCAAUUCUUCAUCACAACCGUGCCGACUCCGCAUCUAGAUGGAAUUCACGUAGUAUUUGGAAAGGUCGUUAAAGGACAAGAUGUUGUUAGGAAAAUCGAGGACAUUUCGGUUGACAGUGGCUCAAGACCAAUGGAGGAGGUAGUUAUUAAAGCGUGUGGUCAGCUCAUACAGAAGGAGACGAAAUCAGCUAAAGAAAACACUUCAAAGAAGUCUUCUAAUAAAAAAAUCACUAAGGAUAAUCGGAAGCGAGCUUCAUCCCAUAGUGCCUCAGAGACAGAUGGCUGUUCUGAAACUAGUGGCUCUUCGUCAGGUUCCUCAUCACUAAGCGACUCGUCGACGUCAUCGUCCAGUUCUGAAUAUGAAGCUGUGGAGGAGCGAAGUAAGAAAAGCAAGAAAGAAGAUCGCAGCGGACGGAAUGCUAUAAAGGACAAAGCGUAUGUGAGCCAGGAAUCUGGCGUUGUCAUUGUACCAGACGAGAUACCCGAAGUUCCCGUAAAUAAGUUUUUGAUGCGCGGUGUACCUCAGAUUGUUCCGGAUGACUUCAGAAGACGCGACAAUAGAGGUCGGCAACGUAAGCCAUUAACCACUAAGUCUGGCCGCAAAUGUCGAGGACGAGGAGCCAUGCGAUACAGAACACCCUCGGACAGUGGUAGCGAUAGGUCUCGCAGCAGAACGCCGCCACAUUGGAGAAAGGCUCAACUUAAAUUGGAUGCGCCUAAAAGUAGUCAGGGUUCCUCGUCAUGGGGACCUAGCGAUUGGUCAGAAGGUCGGCGGGGAUUUCUAAGUCGGGAAAAUCGUAACGACGGUGGAGGUGGCGAUGGACGAGACGAGCGGCGAAGUAGAGAAGGACACGAGCACGAUCGAAGAAAUGAAAGAAGGAAGGACCACGAUCGUUGGAACGCCGAUGAUCGUAGAGGAAGCGGCAUUCAAGGCGGUCGUGGAGAUGUUUGGAAGCGACUCGAUAGAGGGCAAUUUCACAGGCAACAAUUACAAGAUAAAGAUAAUGAUCGAGACAACGGCUCACGUGCGGACAGGCGGCGAAAGAGGGAAGAUGAAUCUUCACCAUUUCGCGGAGGCAUGAGGUCAACAGUUGUAUCCGUUGCCAAGCGGCGUGAUACUCAUUCCAGGUCUAUGUCACCCGCAUCGAGUCAGCGUACACGCUCGACAGUCCAAAUGGUCGAUCACGGGGGCAAGGCAAGAAAGAGUCAAGAAACAAAAGAAGGGCAUAAGAAUAAGGAAUCUAGCGAGGACCAGCAAGAUAUACAAACAGAAGGAGACAUAUCCAAAGGAGCAACCUCUAAAGGCGUCGUGGACAGAAGUUUGAAUAAAGAAGAAUCUAAAGAUUUGGGUAAAGUAAAGAAGCCGGAAAAAGGCGAACGAACCCGGAGAGCAAGAAGUAGUAGUGAUACAAAAGAACCUGCCACCUUUAAAAGAAGGAGGGAACGAAAAAGCCGGAGCACAUCGAGGUCCAGGUCACGUCGUGGAAAGGCGUCUAGGUCUCCAACUAGAUCAAGGUCACGGGAUCGUAGAGCCAGGCGAUAAUCUAAUUGAAUGAUGUACUGAGCAUGUUCUCUGCAUCAAGUUCUUUUGCAGAGGAUCGAUGUGAUGCAUGCUAUUCGUCUUAUAUUAAGCCACCUGCGAAUUACUGCAUAGUACGAUUCAUUGCCCAAAAUUUUAGUAUGCACGUACUAACUUUUUUCGACAGAACGGUUUCGAAAAGAAUCAUACCGUGUCAACUUAGUACAGGCAUUCAUAUUGGCAAAAGUAUCGGUUAUUGAUAUUCUAAUAUUCUGUGAGUCGUCAAUUUGAAAUUUUAGGUAUUAGGGCUACAGAGAGAGCCUUAUAUUUAAAGCCUUACAUCACAAAUUCUACCGGAUUCUCUUCUGUAUACAUUAUUUAACUGAAGCAUACCGCA